GCAUGGUCUUGUUCUCAACUUGCUCCCAACCAAUUCAUGAGCAAUUUUUGUAUAUAUACCCAAUCAAAUAGAUCGACUUGAGAUGCGAAGCUCAGUAACCCUAAGCAAGUCUGUGAAAAUGCCUCAUUACUCUAUUCUCUUCCUCUUUUCUCUCAUCUUCUUAUCCUCUUCACAUGCUUCUGUCCAAGACUUCUGUGUUGCGGAUCUAACUGGCCCUGAUAGCCCUGCAGGCUAUUUCUGCAAGAACCCUGCUAAUGUCACUGUCAGUGACUUCGUGUAUUCUGGCCUAGCCAAAGCUGGAAACACCUCCAACAUAAUCCAAGCUGCUGUUACCCCCGCAUUUGUCGCUCAAUUUCCGGGUGUAAAUGGUCUUGGUCUCUCUUUGGCAAGGCUUGACCUUGCGCCGGGCGGCGUUAUUCCAUUCCACACUCACCCUGGUGCUUCGGAAGUUCUUAUUGUGUUGAGGGGAUAUAUCACUGCUGGCUUUGUUUCUUCAGCCAACACUGUUUACGUGAAGACUCUUAAAAAGGGAGAUGUCAUGGUUUUCCCACAAGGGCUGUUGCACUUUCAAGUAAAUGCUGCUAAAAUACAUGCCAAGGCUAUUGUUAGUUUUAGCAGUGCCAGCCCCGGUCUCCAAAUCCUCGAUUUCGCACUUUUCGCUAAUGAUUUGCCUACUUCAUUGGUGGGGAAGACAACUUUCCUUGAUCCUGCUCAAAUCAUGAAGCUGAAGGGUGUCCUUGGUGGUACAGGAUAGUAGUAGCAGGCUAGCUAGGUGCUGGCUUUGAACUUUGUAUUUUUUUUGUUGAUUUUUUUUAAGAUCAAUUUUCAAUGUACUUUUAUCUUUCAUCAAGUUGUGGUUGUGGCCUUCAAUACUAGUCCAAACAAUUGCUGCGUGAACU